AUGGAGGAGAUAGGCAGCUAUGUUGCCACACAGGAAAAGAAGAUAGUGUGCUCCCUGUGUGACUACCAGUGCGCGAGUGCAAACCCCGACCUAAAGAUGCACAUCCGCAAACGCCACAUGCCCCUGGAGGGUAGCAUGGACGCGUUCACAUGUGACAUCUGCGGCCUGAUGACCGUAAGCAAGAAUGAUCUAAAACAGCACAUGAAGUUCCACAAGAAGCUGUUCUGUGAGUACUGCAGCUUUGUCACUGACUGCCUGAGUAGGCUUCGGCGUCUUCUACUCGUGCAUACCAAGGAGAGGCCAUUUCAGUGCGGGCUGUGUCAAUAUAGGGCGUCCCAGAAGGAGCAUGUGUUGAGGCACAUGAGAUCACAGCACAACGUUGAGGUGGAGACGAGACAGAAGAAAACCUUGCUCGAUAUCCGGACAAUCUUGAAAGACGACAAUGUAAUAAUCCCUAAAAACGGCGAUGGAGGACAGGCAACAAUGUCGUCUAAAUACAAGGUGUUCAAUAUAGAAAGAACUGACAAUGUGGUGAAGUCUGAUGGUGUUGGACAGUUUGAGAAAUCCGAUUUCUCCAGUCAGGAGAAGAUCUUUGCCUGCAAUCAUUGCUCAAUGAAGUUUGCGAGGUUGAUUAACCUGUACAAGCAUCUGUACGCUCAACAUGAGUCGGUGAUGCCUAAUUCGUCCAGUAGUGGUCACCAGUGCGUUGUGUGUGAUUUCGUGACCAAUUCCAAGAAGAAUCUGCUGGUGCAUAUGCGGAAGCACAACAUGCAGGAUCAUUCCUCGCCCACUCAUGUGUACUCGUGCGUCUUGUGUCGCUAUAUGAACCACAAGCGGAUAAUCCUGUUCCAGCACAUGAAGAAGAAGCAUGGUAUUGAGAUUGUCAUGAAGGAAGAUGGGCUCAACUGCUAUGUGACCAUGGAAGCUGAAAACUUUUUGCAUGGCACCACGUCAACGGCAAAUGAGAUGCCGCUCUCUGAGAUCGUGACGACAGAACCAAUCAGCCGUGAUACGACCCUCCAGGUGAUAUCGGACUAUAACGCCUCCCUUGGCGCAGACAGGAUCUCCCUGGAUAACAUCAUCUCCAUGGAGGAGAUAGGCAGCUAUGUGGCCACACAGGUUGACGUCCAUGAACAAAGCAGCCUUGCAAGGAUACAGACACGUGAGGCUGCGGAGGUCAUAGAGGGACUCCAGGCACUAGCGGAGCAGCCUGGUAUCCUAGAGACACAGGGCCUUGACAACCAACUCACCACCGAGGUCAUCACCACGGAGAUACUUAACGAUGGAGAAAUCACCUUGGAUACUGGUUCUGUGACAGAAGGGAACCACGAGGGGUCUAGUGGGGGUUCUGCUGGGUAUGACGGGAGUUUUGGCGGUGGGGAGAGUGGAGGUUUGGUUGGUGCAUUUGUACAGCCAGAUCGCAUUCGGGGAUUUGGGAUGGGACAGCAUGUUGACGGCAGAAAUGGAAAUGAAGGGUUUCAGAGUAUUGGAGAGUUGGCAAGGGAGGUCAUUAGAGAUGAAGGACAGGAGAGUUCACAAGGGGAGGGAAUUGAACUGUCGGCUGAAGAAAUGAACCAGUUGUCGACUGGAGAUUAUGUGGAGAUAAAUGGCGAGGUGUAUAAUAUCAACCGCAGACUCACAGAACAAUAUAGGCGUGCUGAGGACGACCGAAACAGGCUACAGCAGGAGAAGGAUGCAGUGGAACGACGGUAA